AUGAGCCAGAUUCCGCCAGAAGUCGAAGCACAUCACAAGAUCAUGCGGGAGACAUUCUUCGCGGUCACAACGCCGCUGCUUACGCCGCUCAACCUGUCCCUCGUCGUCCUGAUCCUGACGCUCGCGUACCUGCGCCUGCGGCCACAAGCGGCGCCAUCCCUCCCGCCGGGUCCCCAACCUAUCGUCUUCAAGACCUUCACGCCGCGCACGCUGCUCAAGUACAACGGCACCGACAACUCACCCGUCUACCUGGCUGUGCGCGGUAAGGUCUACGACGUCUCGUCCGGCCGCAACUUUUAUGGGCCCGGCGGGCCGUACGAGAACUUCGCCGGGCGCGACGCCACGAGGGGCUUGGCCUGUCAAAGCUUUGACGAGGAGAUGCUGACGAAGGACCUCGAUGGGCCAUUGGACCCGUGUGACGACUUGUCGCCCGAGCAGGUGGAUAACUUGAACGGGUGGAUCGAGAGAUUUGACGAGAAGUAUCUGGUUGUGGGCAAACUCGUGGCGUUCCGGAAGACCGACUUUCAUUAG